AUGUACAAAGGAAUGUCCACACCUCAGAGUGACAAAAUGAUGACAUUGCGUCCUCGAAUGUCCGACGUGGAGGUCAAAAUGAUAUCUCAUGGAAGUCGUCGAUCUUCCAUGUUUAUCGAUGGACAGGGCAUAUCACGAGAAGACGAUCAGGAAGAGACUCAACGCAUCCCCAUGAUCCCACUUAUGGGUCAAGGAUCAGCUAAACCAAGCUUUGUCUCAGGUCUCAGUAUGGGUUCACACAUGUCUUUUAAUCAAGUGCGUGGUACAUCUAACGCGGAACAAUUGCGUAGACGUCUUCCUACUACCCUGUCUAGCAAGAAAAAGUCUUUCUACAGUGUCCACACCAAUGUCGCCUUGCGAGGUGAGAUGCCUCGUGUGCCUCGUCAUUGGCUCAAUGCACGCUUUCGACACAACACUUUCUUUGCUCGACGUUUGUUACACUCAGGACUACCCUUAGCUUGCGUCCUGGCUGCUGGAUUGGGGUUCUACUAUUUUUACAAACCUCACUGGAUCAUGCUAAACUCCACGUCUGCACCGGAUCACUACGGUUUUCUACUCCACUCACCCAGAUUAGUCUACACUUUUCGAGCUUCGAGCUGUGAAAACGUCGUGGGGUUCUCGGCAUUAAUUUACCACACUCUUCCGGCGGUGCUUUUGCUGUGUUUGCCAGGUUCGGGUUGGCGUUUGUUUGAACCUUUCAAGCGAGAUGAACCUACAGCCACAGUCCUUGAUGCUUCAGGAACGCAAACGGACAAGACGGAUAUUGAAUGGGGAAAUGGAGGAAUGGACCUGGAUGAAGUCAAAGGUGAUGAUAUCAACCUUACCAAGAUUAAGCGGCGGCUGGUGUUUCAGUUCUGCGAGUUGGUUGCGGUGCUGUUGCUACUUUUUCAAGCAGUCGUGUUGAUGUUUUUCCUCUACAUGUUCUUUAAAGGCGGUGUCUUUACAUGCAAUGUGCACGCAGUGCAGUUAUUUGGACUUGUCAGUAUUGUGUGCUUUGUAUGGAUUUUCACGGAACUCCAGUACUUUGCACGCUUUCGUGAACACAUUAAAAUGCUUCUGGGAGCAUUUCAAGAAAGUGACCAGACAGGUGACGUUCGCAAUCAUGUCAUGGAUCCGGGUGUUGAUCAGCUUAUGAACCAGUCUGACAAAGCUUUAGCGGUUGUGCGAAAACGACUGUACAAGGCAACUCGUCAGGGUGAUCUGCGUGAAAUGCAAGACAUCUUGGACUACGCGGAAGCGGCAGGUUUGACCAGCGAUAAGCAAGGAUUUCCACGCAAGAGCUAUGCUGCAGCUUCUCUUUUCUUUGGUUUCUUCGCGCAGUCUCGAAAGAACCCGGUGCAUGUAGCAGCUUACCAUGGUAAUAUUCGCGCUUUGGAGCUGCUGGAGGCUCGGGGGUUUGACGUCACAGCAAUGGAUAAGUUUAACCGUGUACGGUUCUCAACUGGAGACCUCUUCUGGUACUUUGCUCGUUUCUUCGUGGCGCGCCCUGGAGUAGACGGAGGAGGCUGUGAUGAAGAAUCGGCUGCAUCGAUAUUUCGGACAACACUAGUAACUCCGCUGCAUUGUGCCGUGUCCACAGGUCAGUUAGAGACCGUACGAUGGCUACUUUCGCGUGGAGUGUCACCUCGUACUCUAGCACAAUCUUCGUACCGUUCGGAUCGGGUACCACCGCUUUUCUUGGCAGAGCACCCUGAUAUUGUCCACGAACUGCUUGUACAUGGUGCUGACCUUUUGGCUGUUCCAGAUCCAGGAUAUAUGAACACGUUGACGGCGUUGCAACUCGCUUACCUGCGAGGCAAUUAUGCCGUAGCACAAGAACUGGAAGAAUGGGGUGGCGAUGUGGCGCUCACUCCGUUUCACUCGGCUGCUGGUCGGAACGAUGUAAUGGCUGUGCGGAAGUUCUUGCGAAAAAAGACGGAUGUAGAUUGUCUAGGUGAAAUGGGCUAUAUAGGGCUCAAUCGACGAACUCCGUUGCACUGGGCAGCCAUAAGUGGUGCGCUGGAGGUGGUGGAUCUGCUUCUAGAAGCUGGUGCUGACCCGAAUUUUCAGGAUGCUCGUGGACGUUCACCGCUGCAUUGGGCGGCACGACUUAACAAAACCGAUGUGGUGCGCUCACUACUUGAAGGUGGUGCUGACCCUAAAAUGGUAGACAUUGACUUCAUGACUCCGUUAAUGUGUGCUGCGAGUCGUCUUGAUGCGACGCGUGAGCUGUUUGGCAUUCUUACGUCUGCAGGUGCCAAUAUUAAUUAUCAGCAGCCCACCACAGGUGACACAGCACUACAUAUUGCUGUGCGAGAGGAUAACGAGCACUCGGCGCUCGCGAUUUUGGCCAACGGUGGCAACCUUAUGAAGAUGAACAUUGAGGGUUUACGGCCGUUAGACUGUACUACGUCAACGCGAUUGCUAUUUGAAAUCAAGCGAGCUGCCGGACAGCGAGAUGUGAUGAUUAGCUACACGCACUCGCACGCUGAAUUUGCUAAGAAAAUUCGCAAAGCUCUUGAAGACGCAAAUGUGACGACAUGGCUGGACUUGAUGGAUCCAAGUGGCAUCGGCGGUGGGUCUGUCUGGCGUGAGGAGAUUGCACGGGGAAUUACGAAUGCUGCUGUGGUGCUAUGUCUUCUUACUGAGGAUUACGCGCAGUCAGAAUGGUGCUUGAAAGAAUUGGCAUUGGCGAAGCAAGUUGGCACUCCAAUUUUGGCAGUGUCAAGUGAAGGUGUGAGCAUUGGCGAGGAUUUACAGGUGUAUUUGUACACUCGGCAGCUGAUUCCGUUCGAACCUGCCAUCACCCAAACCAGACGUAAUAGCACGAAUGUACGGCAGAUUGAGUAUGACUACGACGAAGCUAAGUUCAAGACGCAGUUUCGGUUGCUGCUUGAUGGAGUGCGUGAUGAAAUUGAAAAGAAUCGCGACGCUGUUCAGCAGAAAAAUAUUGCGAGCAAUCGUCGCGACAAUGGACUCGAGCAGAUUUCAAGUGGAACCAUGUUAGCGACCUCGGGGGGUGGUUUUUCUCGACUCUUUGAGCGAUGGGAUCCCGAAGCGAGUGGCGCACAGAAGCAAUUUGUCUUUAUCUCGCAUGGAGACAAGCACGCAGGUUUUGUGCAGCAGCUGUACUGUGAACUUACAGACGCUGGUGUCACGUGCUAUGGUGACCGUAACGUGGAAGGUCAAGGCUUUGAGGACCGUAUCCACGCUACUCGAGAAGCCAUUCUACAAUGUACUUGCUUCCUGGUCAUUUUAUCAAAGCAGACAAUGGACAGCGAGUUGGUACGGGAUCAAUUGGCGUUUGCAGAGGACAAGGGGCGAUCUAUUUUUCCUAUUGCAUUGAAUGAUCUAGAUCCUGGUCUCGACAAGCGCUACUCACUUGCUCGUAAUGAGAUAUUCCACUUUAUGGGCAACGGAAUGAGCUUUAAACCCAGUGCUGAUCGUCUGAUUCAACGAUUACGUCGUCACUAUGUGCCUCGUGACGAGACUCUCGGGACGAUCUUGAACAAGAGUACGCGAAUUGCCAGUGCCAAUACUUCCUUCGUCUCGUUUGGCUUUCGGGCGACAGAUUUUGAUGGGGAAACUACGGAUGAGACGCUUAUCAAGGAAGGAGCUGUACUACGUGAAAGUGACACUUUUUCUAGAUUUAGCAGACAUGAUGCAAGCAUAGAGAUCGAGUCUAGCGCUGUCACGCGUAAUUUCGAGUCGAUUUCAGGCAUUGAUGAUGUCCAAUUGGACCUUUCUAGCACGCAUGUUCGAAUGUAA